AUGACGUACGAAAUAAUCGAUAAUAUCGCGGCCAAAGGCGUAUCUUACUACACGCCGGCCCAGGAUCCUCCUGCAGGCACGCAACUCGAGGGAUCAGUCAAGUUAUUCAGCCCUAUCACCAUCCGCGGGGUGACGUUUCCCAACCGCUUGUUCCUGGCACCGCUCUGUCAAUAUUCCGCGAAGGAUGGCUACGCCACGGAUUGGCACUUAACGCACCUGGGCGGGAUCAUCCAGCGCGGCCCAGGGUUGGCAAUUAUGGAGGCAACCGCCGUCCAGAAAGUGGGUCGGAUCACCCCACAGGAUCUUGGCCUCUAUGAAGACGGUCAGAUCGAGCCAUUGAAGCGUAUUACGGAGUUUGCCCAUAGCCAAAGCCAGAAAAUUGCGAUUCAAUUAGCUCACUCCGGCCGGAAAGGUAGUGCCGUUGCUCCUUGGUUGAGUGGAAACGCAAUGGCCGUUAAAGAAGUUGGCGGGUGGCCCGAUGAGAUUGUGGCCCCAUCGGCAAUUCCCCAGGAGGAGGGUAUCAACACCGUCCCUAAGGCUCUGACUAAGGCAGAUAUCGAAAUCCACGCUGCCCAUGGGUAUCUGUUGCACCAGUUUUUGAGCCCCGUGAGCAACAAAAGAACCGACGAAUAUGGAGGCAGUUUUGAAAACCGAGUUAGACUGGUACUGGAGAUUGUGGAUGAGAUUCGGGCUGUUAUCCCAGAAACAAUGCCUCUCCUUGUUCGGAUCAGUGCGACUGACUGGUUCGAGUUUGGCCUCGAGGACGAGUUUCCUGAGAGCUGGACUGUUGAUCAAUCCGUACAGCUCGCCCCCCUCCUGGCUGAUCACGGUGUCGAUUUAGUGGAUGUCAGCUCCGGUGGUGUUCACGCCAAAUCUUCCAUCGCCAUCAAGCCAACCCCUGCUUAUCAGGUGCAUUUUGCUCAAAAGAUUAAGAAGCUGUCGGCGAUAAAUUGCUGA